AAUAUUUGACCUCUUCAGAAACCCGUAGAUAAGUGAAAUUUUUAAUUUUUUUUCUUUCAUAGACAAUGAUUUGCAAGGAACAAAUAGUUCAGGAUCAUUGGGUGGUCUUGAUGUUCGUAGAAGAAUCCCUAUAAAGCUUAUCUCGAAACAGACCAAUAAAACCAAACCUGCACCUCGAACUCCAAGAAGUAUGAACAGGAUGCCUUCAAAGACACAAGCUGGUGAUGAAGAAUUUGAUUAUAACGAAGAGGAACGAUACGAGUGCAAAGGCGGUGAAAUGUUUGGCAAUCAAAGGAGGUUCCCUGGACCCAUCUUUUGGGACUAUAAGAUAAACCUGCUGGGGGAAAAGGAUGACACACCAGUCCAUUUCUGUGAUAAGUGUGGAUUGCCCAUCAAAAUGUAUGGACGCAUGAUACCUUGCAAGCAUGUUUUCUGCUAUGACUGUGCUAUACUACAUGAGAAAAAGGGAGACAAGAUGUGUCCAGGCUGUAAUGAACCUGUGCAGCGAAUUGAGCAAUGUGUCCGAGGGUCUCUCUUCAUGUGUAGCAUUGUUCAAGGGUGCAAGAGAACUUACCUGUCACAGAGAGACUUACAAGCUCACAUCAACCACCGUCAUAUGAGGGCUGGAAAGCCUGUUACUCGUCCUCCGAUUGAACCUGUACAUCCUCCUAUUGCCCCACCACCUGCUGAAAUUCCUGAGCGUUUCAUAAUGCCACCUGAGAAACAUCAUAUGAGCCACAUUCCGCCAAAGCAGCACAUCAUGAUGCCGCCACCUCCUUUGCAGCAUGUGCCACAUGAGCAUUAUAACCAGCCACAUGAAGACAUUCGUGCUCCUCCUGCGGAGAUGGCAAUGGCUCCGCCACCACCUCGCCCAGUCAGUCAGGACACCUUCCGAAUUUCAACAAGAAAACACAGCAAUUUAAUAACUGUCCCUAUUCAGGAUGAUUCGAAUUCAGGUGCUCGAGAACCACCUCCACCAGCCCCUGCACCUGCUCAUCAUCAUCCUGAAUACCAGGGUCAACCAGUGGUAUCGCACCCUCAUCAUAUUAUGCCUCCACAGCAACAUUAUGCACCACCCCCCCCACCACCUCCACCAAUAAGCCAUCCGCUGCAGCAUCCUCCCCAGGCAGCAGGUACUCCUCACAUGGUGUAUAGCCAAGCUCCUCCACCACCAAUGACCUCUGCUCCUCCUCCAAUAACCCCACCACCUGGACAUAUAAUUGCCCAGAUGCCACCAUAUAUGAAUCAUCCUCCUCCAGGACCUCCCCCUCCUCAGCAUGGAGGCCCCCCUGUAAAUGCACCCCCUCCCCAUCACUAUAAUCCUAACUCCUUGCCACAGUUCAGUGAAGAUCAAGGAACUCUUAGUCCCCCUUUCACACAGCCUGGGGGAAUGAGUCCAGGGAUAUGGCCAGCUCCAAGAGGGCCGCCUCCACCUCCAAGGAUGCAAGGGCCUCCUGCUCAGGCCCCGCUUCCUGGACCACACCACCCUGAUCAAGCCAGAUACAGACCCUAUUACCAGUGAUACGAGCAAUUAUAUAAAUAGAGAGUGCUAUGAAGAGGAUAUAACUAUACAGCAGCCUUUUAAUUGUUUGGGGGUUAUUUUGUUGUGGGGGUUCUUUUUAAAUACUGUCAUUUUGACUGUAAAAUAUUUUGGGGUUUGAAUCUUAAAUGAUUUUUAAGCCUUGGCUGUAGGACUCUGACUUCAAAUAUUCUGUAGUGCUAAAAUAAGUGGCUUAGUAGACCACGGUUGCAUUUUAACAGAACUUCUGUCUCUAGUGUGGCUAAAUUGUCCUAAGAUGAACACUUGUAAUAUUAUUUCCUGGAGAAAAUGAACACGUGUUGUACCAUUCUGAAUACUGUUUUUGUUAAAUCCAGUGUUUAGUUUCACUUGUGAUAUGUUUUUGUUAAACUGUGUACAAUAAUUAAAUUGAAAUAUGGUUGUAAAA